AUGGAAGAUUAUAAGUGGUUUUUAGGAACCCUUUUCACUGGUGAAGAAGAAUUUAAGGAGGCUAUGACAACAUAUGCCAUUCAUAAUGGGAGGGAUUUGAAGUUUACAAAAAAUUACAAACUAAGAUUACCUGAUGAAGAUACAUGGCAACUUAGGAAACUAGUUGACACACAUUCAUGUAAUAGAGAGUAUAAGGUUAAAUUUAUGAGAUCAAGUUGGCUCGGGAAAAGAUUGUACUCAACAGUUAAAGAGAACCCGAACAUAAAAAUUACAGAUGUUUCUAACAAGGUUCAUCAAAAGUGGAAUGUUGGAGUAAGUAAGAUGAAGGCAUUCAGGGCACGUAGGGUUGCAAUUGAUAUGGUUGAUGGAUUAUUCAGAGAGCAAUAUCUAAGAUUGUAUGAUUACUGUCAUGAGUUAUUAAGAUCAAAUCCAAAGAGUACUGUUAAGUUAGAAGUCCAAGCUACAAAUUCGGAGCUAACUGAUUAUGUGGACAUACCCCUUAUACCAAGUUUUCAACGCCUAUAUAUGUGUCUUAAUGGAUGUAAAGAGAGUUUCCUAAUUUGUAGAACAAUAAUUGGUGUGGAUGGUUGUUUCCUUAAAGAGUAUUAUAGGGGUAUGAUUCUUGCUGCUGUGGGUAGAGACCCAAAUGACCAAAUGCUUCCAAUUGUUGUGGGAUUGUUGCCUGCAAUGGAUGAGUUGCUUCUUGGGGUUGAACAAAGGUUUUGUGUAAGACACCUCAAUAACAACUUCAGAAAAAUGUACCUAGGGAAGAAACUUAAGGAAUUGAUGUGGAAGGCAGCCAAGUCAACAUAUCCUGAACAAUGGGAAAGAGAAAUGAAAGAGUUGAGGAAGGUUAAUGAAGAGGCCUACAAACAUUUGGUGAAGAUUCCACCAAUGUUUUGGUCAAAGUCAAGAUUCAGUUUCAAUUCUAAAUGUGAUGUGCUUGUCAACAAUAUGUCAGAGACAUUUAAUAGUGUCAUAAUUGGACCUAGAGGGAAACCCAUAGUGACAAUGCUUGAAGACAUCAAACUGUACUUAAUGGAAAGGUGGGCAAAAAAUAGAACUACAUUAGAAAGGUACACUUGUUCUGUUCUGCCUCAAAUCAAGAAAAAGUUAGCAAAGGAACAAGAAUUAUCAAGAAUGUGGAUGUGUAGGUAUGCUGGUGAAAAUAUAUUUGGAGUUAGUAACAUCAACCACAUAGGAGACAAGUUUGUGGUAUCACUGGAAAAUAGAGAAUGCUCAUGUAGGAAGUGGAUGCUCACUGGAAUUCCCUGCUGCCAUGCAGUUUGUUGCUGUAACUUCCUCAAAAAAGAUCCAGAAGACUUGAUUCCAACAUAUUAUAGGCGAGAGACAUAUGCGACUUGUUACUGA